AUGACUGCACCGGACAACAAGCAGGGUUUCCUCUCCAACCUGUCCCCAUGGCCUUCACGGGCAAGCACACCCAAGCCCCCGGCAGCGUCCAAGAGCGAGGGAAGUGCGGACAAGGCAAAGAAGAUGGAGCAGGAGAAGGAGAAGGAGAAGGAUAGAGCUGCGGCAGUACUGGCUCCCCAGCAAGGAGGAGACCAUGUGAUUGAUCGGAGGUAUAGGCUGAGUCUCAAGCGGUACCCUCCGGACUGCCCUCCGCUGGCUGUGAGGUGGUUUCAUGCUAUAGAUACACCCAAGCGCAAACCGCUUUCGAAACAUGCCAUGGCCCCCGAUACCGCCCUGCCCAAACCCAAGAAGUGGAUACCUUUCAGUACCGGCGACUCUCGCGCCAUUGAGGCUGCCUUCCAGAAGACGGCAGACGAAGCCGAUGCCGACGAACUGAGAAAGGGCAUCGCUAGUCCUACCACGCCUACCCAAUCGAACUCCACUCCUCCUAAAACCACAAAGGUCCCCGUCAACGAAGACUACCUGUUCGAUGUCGAGAUCGAGACACGCGAGCUGGCACCAUCAUAUUGGCUCGGUCCCGUAUACGAUGUGAAGCGCGGAACAUGGUUCACACCAGAUGGGGAGGCUGUCGACGAAGGUCUAGCCAUGCAAUUAGAGGAAGGCUAUCUUAAGGUGAAGCCGUGGAAGUUUGGAAAGUCAGAUGAGAAGCGAGCAGUCUCGCAGCCUCGUGCUCGGCCACUUUCCAUGGGACCGAGUGCUGGCGACGACCACCGCAAGGAGCUGGCUAAGCUGAGUCGUGAUUCAACAUCAAAUCCAGUCACGCCCAAGUCAUCGUAUGAUAGUUUGCGAAAAGAAGCUUCCAAGCAAGCAAACGACUCGAAACUGGGCGAUGCAUCUGCAUCUUCCAAUGCUCCCGCCGAUUUGCCACGGACACAUCGACUCUUCGGUGCACACCUAAACUCCACCGUUACCUACCAAGACGAGACAACAGCUUGGAUGUUGACCGAUGAUAUGUGGUCUCGCAUGGGCAGUACGCUGUAUCAGCGCUUCGCUGGAGGAGCGCAUUAUGCUGGAUACAAGUACAUCCGUGGAUACACCGAUCCCAAGGAGAAGAAGAAGCAGCCAACCCCUGCCAAGGGUCCUCAAGGCGCAAAGCAGACGGACCGACCUUCAACGCCUGCGCUGGCGUACGGUUCGGAUCAUGGCAAGCAAUCAGACUCCGACGCUAACACCGAUGGGGAGACUUCAGAGAACGAGCGAAGCAUGUCGCCCUCCCAAACACGCAGGCGCAACCUUGAAAGGCAGGUAUCAUCACUCAUGACUUCUUCGAAGCCAGAGUACGAGCAACAACAGGAAGAGGAGAUGCGAAAGCGUGAGGAGGAAGAGAUGCGCGAAGACUACAAAACCCAGCAUGGCAGUGAUCAAGAUCGUGAGAUCGAGCAUCUGCUCCUAGUGACACAUGGUAUCGGACAGCGGCUUGGGAUGCGAAUGGAGUCGAUCAACUUCAUCCAUGACGUGAACACUAUGCGCAAGUCUCUCAAAUCCGUAUACGCAGCUUCGCCCGAUCUGCAGGCCUUGAACGCGGAGACCGAGUCGGAGACCAAGAAUAAUCGCAUACAAGUCAUUCCCAUUAUUUGGCGGCACUUGCUGGACUUCCCUAAACAGAGCUUGAAGCAUAAUCGCAAAGAACACGACCUGGGCGACCUCGACCACGAAGAUGAGGAAUACCCUAACCUCGAGGAUAUAACCGUUGAAGGCGUCCCUGCUGUUCGUAACUUCCUCACUGAUCUCGCUCUUGACAUUCUGCUAUAUCAAAGUCCUGCAUACAAAGGUCAUAUCUCUCGAAUCGUCGUGAAUGAACUAAAUCGCACAUAUCGCCUAUUCAAGGAGCGAAACCCCUCCUUCAAGGGAAAAGUCAGCUUAGUCGGGCAUUCGCUCGGAUCUGCUAUCAUGUUCGAUAUUCUAUGCAUCCAGAAAGACCCCAAAGCAAAGCCAAGCUCACAAUCGAUCAAACAGCGAAGAUCUACUGAAGAAGGCUUGAAGCUAGACUUUGAAGUAGAGGAUUUCUAUGCUCUCGGAUCACCUAUUGGACUUUUCCAGAUGUUGAAGGGACGUACGAUUGUUGCGAGACCACAGACCUCUGCCAGCGCGUUCGUUCCGCCAAAGACACCGGCGACAUCUAUCGAUGACCCAUUUUCGCAAGGUGGAGAUGAGCAUGCGUUCGACAUUACGACAUCCUCACCUCUUUGCAAGCAAGUCUUCAAUAUCUUCCACCCGACUGAUCCGAUAAGUUAUCGCAUUGAGCCUCUGAUAUCACCAGCCAUGUCAGCGCUCAAGGCUCAACCUCUACCAUAUACCAAAAAGGGCAUCUUCGGUGCACCCGCGUCCCAAGGCUUCACCGGCAUUGGCCAACGAGUCGGCCAGGGCGUGACGGACUUUUGGACCUCUCUUGGCUCAGGCAUCGCGAGUGGACUUCUUAACCGCAGUCUCGGCAUAUCAGGGACAGAAAUGACAGGCGCAGGCAACAGUGCUCAAGGACAGCGCACCUCUCGCCCACUUACCGCCGCCGCACCUACAUCGAACAACGACACGAGCCUCGUACCAGGUCUCAAUGAACCCACGAGCGCCUUUAUCAGCGAAGAACGCCGUCGCCGCCUUGGACAGGAAACCAUUGCCGAAGGAGAAGACGGUGAGCACCCUCCUACACUCAUCGAAGGCGACAUCGAGACCCUCUUUGCUGGCUUCUCCAAGCGAAGAAAGAGUCAGCAGAGCGAAGAUGGUGAGCGAGACAUCGAGAAAGAUCUAGAGUGGCAAGAGCUAGAAGAACGAAGUCGGAAGCUGAAGAAGGAGGAACAGAAGGUUCGGGCACUGAAUAGUAAUGGUCGCGUGGACUAUAGUAUCCAAGAAGGCAUUGGUUUCCUCGGUGCAUUUGCACUCAUCUUCCCCACCUACGCUCUGAUGGAGUAUAUUGAAAACCAUACCUGGCCAUGGGACGACGAGGGCUUCGUGUGGCCGUGGGAGGCGAUGCUUUGGAGCGGUACAGUAUAUAGCGAUGAGACACUGGGUGAAAGCGUGGCUGUACACACCGAUACGAGCAUCAGGGCUUCUCCCAUAGUCAGUUCGACUACUCCAGCUAACUCGCCAUCUCGGCCUGAUAUCAUAAUCCCGCCUACGCCCUUGCUCCCUCGUGGCCUUCGACCUUUCCACCUUCCGCCACCGCCGACGCAUCGCUCUGGGAUCUUGGGCGAGUCGCCGAUGCCGAUCAAGUUCAAGCAUUUCAGCGGUCAUUCGGAUCUGGAGAGUGUAGAUGAGGAAUAG